AGGGAGAAGAGUCAGCUGGUCGAAAAGUGCAGGGUGAGAUCAGUGCGUGUGUGUGUGUGUUUGGAUGAGUGUGUGUGUGUACGUAUUUGUGCGUAUGUGCGCACGGAAAAGCACUUCCUGGGGACAAGGUGAAGACAACAGAACGGCGAACAGUGAGGGAGUGAGUUUUUUUUUUUGUGGGGGGGGUGAAGCAGUUUCUGAGGAGAUCCAGACGAGGACAGUCGAAACGCGCCGGGUGCUGCUCCGUCCGCCCGCCUGUCCGUCCGCCGUGCGUCCUGAACCCGAUUCCUCCGCCGACCGCGUCCUCCGCUUUCCAACCGGUGCUGGUGUCACCAGUGGGUGACAUUCCCUACAGAGGGGAACUUUGAAACCACACCAUGGCCUUAGCGGGAUGCCCUGACUACUUUCUACGUCACUCAAACUACCAGGAAAGCAUGGACCGCACUUCUUCUCGCAGGCCUGAGGAGCUGAUUGUUCCUGGCUUUCAGUGCCCGGCCAAUCAAAACUUGCCACAUCACCAUGACGAUGAUGUUGACCUGGAGCGGCUGGUGAAUGAAAUGAACUCCUCCAUGGAAAGUGUGUACUCGACACAGGCAGACACCGCGCUACUUCUGAACAACGGCCACGUGCACCCUGUGUACCAGGGCCACGGCCAGGCCCGCCGCCGCCAUACCCCACCUCUGCCUGUGUCGUCACCCUCCAGGGAGAGGCUGCGGCACUCACAGCCCAUGCACAUCCAGGCUGUCAGGUGCCUUCAGGAAGAGCAGCAUUUGCGUCCCGCCUCCCUGCCCGCCAUCCCCAACCCUUUCCCUGAGCUCUGCAGCCCAGCAGGAUCCCCCGUGCUCAGCCCCAUCCAAACCUCUGACAACCAUAUAGUGAAGGUGUGGAGCGAGGAUGGGGCCGGGAAAGUUGUGGAAAUCCCAGCCGACAUGACGGCCAGAGAUGUGUGUCAGCUGCUGGUCUACAAGAGCCACUGUUUGGAUGACAAUGCCUGGACGCUGGUGGAGCACCACCCCCUGCUUGGUCUUGAGCGGUGUCUGGAGGACCAUGAGCUGGUGGUUCAGGUUCAAGCCUCCAUGAGCAGCGACAGUAAAUUCCUCUUCAGGAAGAACUAUGCCAAAUAUGAAUUCUUCAGGAACCCCCUGAACUUCUUUCCGGAGCAGAUGGUGGCUUGGUGUCAGGAGUCUGAUGGCUCGAUCCCUCAGUCACAGCUCUUACAGAACUUUCUGAACUCCAGCAGCUGUCCAGAGAUUCAGGGUUAUCUGUAUGUGAAGGAGCCAGGACGUAAAUCCUGGAAGAAGCUCUACAUGUUUCUGCGACGCUCUGGUCUCUAUUACUCUACUAAAGGAACAUCUAAGGAGCCCCGGCAUCUGCAGCUGCUGUCGGAUUUGGACGAAAGUAACAUCUUCACCAUCAUCACAGGAAGAAAACUCCACAACUCCCCCACAGACUUCCAGUUCUGCAUCAAGCCCAGUAAAGUGAGAAGUGACUGUAAAGAGCUAAAGAUGCUGUGUGCUGAGGACGAACAGAGCAGGACCUGCUGGAUGACGGCCUUCAGACUGCUCAAGUAUGGUAUUGUACUCUAUCAGAACUACAAUGUUCCCCAGCAGAGGAAGUCUAACCCCUCCCAUUUCUCAGCGCCUGUGCGAAGUGUGUCUGAGAACUCCCUGGUCGCCAUGGACUUUUCCGGACGGACCGGCCGCGUCAUCGAUAACCCUGUGGAGGCCCAGAGCGCCGCCCUGGAGGAGGGACAGACCUGGAGGAAACGGAGCCAGCGUAUGAAUGUUUUGGGCAGCCCCAGCCCACUGCACCCAUCCUCUCUGAGCACAGUCAUCCAUAGGACACAGGUGUGGUUUCAUGGUCGCAUAAUGAGAGAAGAAGCCCAUAAAAUGAUCAUACAACAAGGCCAAGUAGAUGGGCUCUUCCUGUUGCGGGACAGUCAGAGUAACCCCAAGGCAUUCGUGCUCACUUUGUGCCACCACCAGAAGAUCAAGCACUUCCAGAUCCUGCCGUGUGAAGAGGACGGUCAGGUGUUCUUCAGCCUUGACGACGGCGCCACCAAGUUCACAGACCUGAUCCACCUGGUGGAGUUUUACCAGCUGAACAGAGGAGUGCUGCCCUGCAAGCUCAAACACCCUUGCACCGCUGUGGCCUUGUGACAACCCACCCUCCCACCUCCAUGUAUUCCUUCAUCCCUUUUUGCACACCUUUUACCCUGAGAUCCUGCCCCCGUGUGCCCCUUCCUCACAAUGCAAUGAGGCUGAGGAGACAGAGAAAAGUUAAAGUCACGUUUUGGGGAUGUGAAGAACAGCUCGGCAGGGGAUGGGGUUUGAUUUCCCCAUAAUACACUGUGGUUUUCACCACCUUAUGGCUUUUUGGAUGUUUGAAUAAGAACUGUUCAGAUAGUCCAAGCAUUACAGAAUGUGGACCCUGCAGUUGCCCAACUCCUGCGUUGUUCUCAUGGGGACUCAUGGUUAUUUUCGUGCUGUUUUGACCGUGACCAGUGUGUAAGAGAGCAUGCAUCAUGACUAAACAGACAGUGUAGAUCUGUCCAGCAGGAGUUCUGCAGGUCUCUCUCGGAUGGGAUCCUCCCUGAAAGGCCCUCCCCCCGAACCUUCAGACCUUCACCCUCCCUUUCCCCCCUCCCAUCUUCCAGGCCUGAUAAGCUGUGGUGCCUGUCCCAUCGGCGGGAAGCGCCACCCCUCUGACUUCCUCAUUGAUCAUCAGGGAUGGACGGGAACCUCUCUGGGUCUCAUCAAACUCGAUCCAGGAGUUUUCUCAACCUGUGCAGUCCAGUCUGGAUAAGCUGACACCCUGCCCACCCCUAUCCCCCCAUACCCUCCUGCACCCCAGCCCUUACCCAAGCGGACUCGACGUGGCCUCAGUGAUCUCUGCUGUGUCUUGUCCUACACAAGCCCCUGGUGCGACCCAGCCCCAAGUCCCGCCUCCACACAAGCUCAGAGAAAAGUCAGGAGAAAAGAGAAGUAGCUGAAGGCAAGAUAAGCAGAGCAGUGGCGAGGGUUUGCUGAAAGGACAGAGGAAUCUUUAUCAGGAAGGCUGGAACAAGCCUCUCUUGUAGAGUUGAUUACUUGAUGUCAUUUUAAUGCUGUUUUAUUACUGUUGAUUCAAUGCAGAACUAGUUUUGCACUCCCAGGCAGACAGACAACAGCUGUUCUCUUUAGCUAAAUGAAGCUGCCUGCUCUCUGGUUCGUCAUCCUCCGCUUCCUCCUCCAUCCCCGCUCCCUCCCUCCCUCCGCCCCCUCUCUUUCUGGAAAGCAUGCAUGUGAAUUUCCACCAGCUCUGAUUGGAUUACAGUGGCGUGGGAGAAAAGAGAGUCAUGGCUAAUUGUGCAGUGCCUUUCAGAAAGGUUUGGGAAUCUGUCGGACCUCGGUGUGGCCAGCGCCAACAUGACCACGCCACAGUGAAUGUGCUCCGGAACCAGCUGCAGCAGCAUCCUGAGACUGUGAGGAAGAGGAGGAAGACUCCUGAAAGUGUGGCCCCCUCAAGCUUGUACCACUUAAGUCAUUUUUUUUAACAUCUGAGCGGCCAAAAUCUGUUGUUUUCACAGUUGGUGAAUUUGUCUUGAAUGUUAUUUUCUUUUCCUAAGUCUGUUCUGAGCUAACUGCUUGCACGUCUGUCCUGAUUUGAGUGGAGAUACUGACCACUGUUCCUCCAACCAGAAAACAAUCAGUCAACAAAAACCCUCCCGAAUCUUUUUGGGGAUGUUUAAUAAUGAACUUGAACUGGAAACUAAUGAGUGCCUCUCGCCUUAAGUGAAAAUUGUGACUAACAAAUUGAAGCUAAAUUAAAAAUGCACGUACGAUAAAAGAUUUUAACAGAAUGGAGCAACAUCAGAGAAUGAUUGUGUUUAAGGUGCAAUGUGUAGCAUUUAGGGGAGGGGUCAAUAACUUUUACAGUGACCUGAAACAAGAAAAAAAAAAUCCGUCUAACAUAUUCAACCCCUUCUACAUUUUACCUGCAGGUGGCUGCUCUGUGGUAGCCUAUUUAUGAUUAUUUUGUUAGUUAAGUUUUCAUUUCAACUACCAUUUGGUGCAUUUAUAAAAUUAUACUACGACAAAGAAGAAAACAGUUGAGAUUUUUACUGUUUUUAUUGCUUGUGUCAGUUCCAAAACAAGUAAACAAAAAAAUUCCAGUGGCAUUUUUAUAGGCUUACAGUGAAAGAGUUUGGCAAGAAAUAUGUAGUGUCUGACAUUUUGAUUGAUGAAAUUCUUAAAAAAAAACAAAAAAGGUUUUACCACAUGUACAUUCUGCACAUUUUUACACAUGGACAAUGUAAGAAUAGCUUGAAUUCACAGAUUCAGAGUCAUUCAGGUCAUUAUAUUCCUUAUGUUUUCUGGGGCCAUGGACAAAACCUGAAGGGCCACAUUUGGCUCCAGAGCCGUGGGUUGUAGACCCCUGAUUUAGGGAGUUCUGUUUUGACAAGUAUUUUCAGAAUUAUGUUUUCAUUGUAAUAAGAAUAAGCCAUCACUUUGCUACAGUAUAGAACCAAACUGUCAUAUUCUGUAGUGACUUCUAUGUGUAAAGGAGGAUGGUUGCAUUCUUCAACUCCACCACUGGAUGCCACUAAAUCCUACACAUCGCACCUUAAAAGUUUCUGUGAAGCAUCCACUAGAAAGAAACUGAGAAAACAGGUUCAUCUACUGGUGAUGUACCUGGUAUUUCUGGACUGACUUUCUCCUUUUGGUGCUGUAUGUUUCUUAUUUUUGCAGACAUCUAAAUGCAGAAGCUAAAUGGGUUUGGUAGAUUGAUUGUGGCGUCAAAGAAUUCAAUUAGACCUGAGGUGCAAAACGCCGUCACCAGCAGGAGUGGACUCAGUAGACCAGAAUGCAGGGCAGUAUGCUGUCACUGAGGGGCUGUAUACUUGAGGCGAACUUAACAAAUAAUUGUUCUGCAACUUUUUGAUAAUCAGUUUAGUCAUUAAUUUCACAAGAAAGAAGAAAUGCCAAAAACCUAACAAUUCCAAAUUCCUUGCUUCCUUAUUUUACAUUUUAGUUUAACUUACCAUAUGUCGACUUUGGACUGGUUGUCAGACAAAUUAUGGACGUUUUACAAACCAAACAUUUCAAUAAAACAGUGUAACUGACAAUGUAAAUACCCAAUAAUAUUAAGUGAGGUGGUAGUAGACCAUGGAGGUCUAAACAUGACCAUAGAAGCCAUUAUGUGUAGCACUUUGAAGGUUUCAGAUUUUGGCGCCCUCUAGUGGACAUCAGAAAAGAAACUUGGAUCAACAAAACAGUGAAUGAGAAUCAAAGUCAAAAGGUUUUCAAUGAAGCUCAUUUUUACUACAAACUAAAAAUAAUGUGUUGAAGCCCAUUUCUGCCACUUUGAUGAAUAGAAAAUCCUGUCAAUGAGACGUAUGAUUCCACCAGACAAGGAAAAAAGUAAAUUAUUUAACAAAAAACACAGAUUCAAACACAAAUUAUCAAAGAGAAAAAAAAAUAUAGUGAACAGCUAAACAUGAAGUGUGGGCCAGUUGGUGUGGUUCUGUUAUCUCUUUUGAGAAUAAGUAGCAAAUGGGUGAUAUUCUCAUCUAUCUUUAUUUGUUAUUAUUUCAGUUUCAGACCAGGUUGAAACAGUUUAUAAAAGACAACAAUGUUUUAUAAAAGUUUUUUUAAUGAAAAUUUGAUCUUUUCUGAAUCAAUGUGCAUGAGAUUUGCAUGGAUUACACUGUUAUAUAUUUGUCCAAGCCAGUUUUCCCUAAAUUUGAGUCUAAUUCUAUUUUUCAAUUUAAUAUCUUAAUAUUUCACAAUAAUGAUUAACAAAAUUAAAAGCAUUUAUUGUAAUAUUUUGGGAUUAUCAUUAUUUUGACACACUUUCUUUUAUGAUGUCAAAGUGGCAGAAAUGGGCAUCCAUACCCACAUCCAUACAUUCACUUACAGUAAAACUCCUCAUAGAGCAGUUGAUUUAUUUUCUAUUAAUGUGUCCAUCACUGUCCUGCCAGUAUCUGAAGGAAAAGUGAAACACCACAACAGGCAGAGAGGUUAGAGAUAGAGUGUAGAAACUGCUUUGCUCUUAUUGGACUGGUUCUAAAUGCUGUGCGACCAUUGAAUGAAAAGCUGCCGUCAUGUGACAUAAAACCUGUGGCAGAUUUAACCUUGACCUCUGGCUGCACCUCCUGUCCAUCCUGGGCCGGGUUCACAGUGAGCAGGGUUACCAUGGCCACCAGGCAUCGCCGACCGGUAACCCCUACUGUCAUUGACACACAUUGACCACUGCCGCUGCCAGUCGACCAAUCACAGGACGCGACUGACUCACCAGCUCUGCGCUCCACCAAUCAGGCCUUCUUAGUCAGCCAGGGCAGAUUCUCCAGGGAUUGGAUAAUGCUUGAACCCCCCUGCCCCCUUUCCCACCUGUGUCCAGCCUGUAAGCUAUGACCCUGUGGUGAAUAAGUGUGUUUUUGUGUGUGUGUGGAUGGCCAGACUGUUAUAUUCACUAUUCAGGAUUGCUAACUCUGCUGGUUAUCAUACUUGCCUUUUUUUUUCUUUCUUUUUUUUAAGAGAAAGAUGCUUUUCAGCUGGAAAAAGUUGAGCAAAGUUGUGGAGACAGACAGGAGGUUUGGCUGGAGCUAUCCCAGCAUUCCCAGUUCAAAACAAACAAAAAAAAAUUAAAGAAAGAAAACACACUUGAGGUUCUUUCCUGUCUGUCAGAGGUGAUGUGAAGUCACAUUACUGUGGGUCUGUGGGGACGAUUCACCGUCCUCUCUUCCUCUUCCUCCUCCUCCCUCCAUUUUUAAUCACUGUGCUACAAUGCAAUCCUAUACACAAGUCCGAGUAUAUGAAAAUACCAGUAUACAGUAUCAUUUGUUUUCUAAGUAUGUGAAGCUAUGGAGAAGACGUAGAUCUAACACUGUACCUAGGUCACAGAUCACUAUGUAUGGGGCGUUAUGCUUUUGCUCAUAACUCCGUGUAAAAUGAAGAAUGAUUUAUUUUGUCCUUUUUUUUUUCCAUUAUUUGAUUGAUUGUGUGUAUAUUGACAUUAUUGUGUAUUUUCUUUGGUUUGCCACAAAAUGACCUUUUAUAUAAAAAAUAUACCACAGUAUAUACAGUAUUAAAUUAAGCUGUUUUUUUUAUUUUAAGAGAUCAAACUGGAUUUUUGGCUUGUGUCAAAUUUCUAAACAUCAGUUGUGUGUAUAAGCUGACAGGCUGUCGGAGUCUGCAACUCUGCCAGUGUCCAAUACCAUUUUUGUUUCCAUCUUUUGACUAUUCCUUCUGCUUCACUCACUCACUAACCUUCAGUUUUAAGGAAACACUCCAGUAAACGUGUCGAGGUUGAGUAUUAACCUUAUACAAACACACACACACACAUACAGUGCAGUGGAUUUUUAUCAAGAGCACACAUCAAUACUUAACCCUUGCAGCUUUGACAUUUAGACACAAGUAGUGCAACUAUACGCUGUAGCUCCAGAGGGUUGUGCAUUUCAUUAUUUCCAUUUACUCAGAUUUCAAGGUGCAUAACAACGUUCUUUUUUUUUUUUUUUUUUUUUUUUUUUUAACUAAGCCUCUUGUUGCAGCAGGUGCCUCUUGUUUCUAAACAGUAACAAGUUCUUAAUAAUCAGCAUCCGUCCACCGCAUUCACUUCCAGUUAGCUGCGACUGAAACAUAAUCCUACUGGAACUAAAUCCUAACGUCAGGUCAACGUUGCACAGAAGUUUCAUCGACAGUGUGGGUGCAAGUGAAACUGACUCAGUGUUGGUUAUGUUUUGUCUUGGGUUGAAGUCAUCAUAAGCUGAAGUAAAUAAAUAUUUCAGGGAAAGAAAAGAGCAAAUGAACCAGUUUUGUUUUUUUUUCUCCAGAUAACCCCACUGUGCUUUGCUUCACUCUGUAAAAACGUCUGUACGGCUCCUGGAUCUACAUUGUAUCCUGUUCAGGUAUUUUUGUACAAAUAAGGGACUGAUAUAUUCUCUGUUUAUUGGAAAUUAGAAUAAAAGACAACAUUGCUAUAAACCAAA